CGGGCUUCCACAUAGCGAGGCAUUUUAAAGGAAUACUGCACAAGAAAAACUGGUUUUCAUAUGAUACAACGUUGGGACUGCAAAACUAGUAAAUGGGAAAUGGUGGGGUUCAUCUUCAGAUCCUGGCAGUGAGGAGAACGGGGCUGCCACUAAUGUUUUAUCUUUCAUUUUUGAUUAUCAGUUAUUUUACCCUUUAAUUCCAUUCAGCGUCAGCCAACAGUACUAAAUGUACAGUAGUUCCCAGAGCUCAGAUGUCUGGUUCAACCAGCAGUCCCAGUGUAUUAGUUCCAGUUUAUUAUCGCACAAGACAAAGAAAAAAGGAGAUAUUCACAUUGAAGAAGCUGGAACCAGACCUUUUUUUAAAUUAAAAAACAGCUUGAAUGAUUAGUUAUCAAAAUAGUUGCAGAUGAAUUUUCUGUUGAACAAGUAAUUGUGAAUUGUUCUUUCAGCAGAGAAUAGACGCUAUGUAGAGCUACAUGUAAAAAGAUCAAAUUAAACAAGUAUACCUGAACAGUUAAAUUAAUUAAAAAUAACAAGAAAAACCUUUUGCAGAUCUUGUGUCGACGUUAACAUUUUGUGACCUCAGUAUUGCUAAAAUCCUUGAAAUUUGAUUAAAAAUGAUUCAAACACUAUCUAAAAUAUAACUUAUCAGUGAAAAAUCAUGUGAUAAAGUGUGUAGCAUUAAUCCCCAAAGUACUAGUUUCAUAAAAUUAGACAAAACGUGAUCUUGGAAAUACCUGGCACAAAGGGAGUCUUUGUUAUUGUGCAAUAAGCCCCGUGACUGCACUCACAAGGAGCAACUUGAAAAGUAAUCUCUUUAAACAAUGUGACAGUACACAAUGACCAGCAAUCCCAUCCACUUCACUUAAAAUAUAAUAGGCUAUUAUAUUACAUACGCUGAGACAGCCAUAGCAGCAAACACACCUGUAUAACACAGCACUCCGGGGAACAGAAAUCAGAUCACUUGUAUAUGAUGGAUCAAAGCUUCAGAAGAGCUAGUGUACAGCAGAGAGAUCUAAAAGUGUUGAACCAAAAAGAGGACAGGGAUCUCCAGCAUAAACUGAACAUGUUGGACAAGCAGUACCGGUACACUCGCAAGAUGUUACAGCAAAGAAGAGAGUCGCUGAUAAAGGAACGGAGAAGGGUGGUGAUGGUAAAGGUGGUUGAGCCUAAAGCGACAGUCAACAUCGCUAUGAAAGACAUCGGAGAACACAAAUUUCAGACAUCUUAUGGCAGAAGAUCGUACUCCAGCACAGCCCAGUAUCCCAACAAAGGAUGUGAACCGGCGGAGCAGAGUCGCUCGACAUCAGCACCCCCUCCGUCAGUCGACCCCCCGAGCCCAGUGAGACGCAGGGGCUACAUCCAGAGCAGCGUGUCUCUCAUGCAGAUGAAAAACAUCGCAACUAUUGACUCAAUAUCAGAAAAGGAGCUGGCCAGGCAACAGCAGAAAGCCCGAGAGGAAAUGGAGAGACUGAGACAGUUUCAGAGGGAAACUUUACACAAGAGGGUGGCAGCGUUUAUAGAAAUGCUCAAGGGCAAAGGCACCAUGGAAAUACAUGGGAAACCUCCGUAGAGGAACUCGGAAGUUUAGAGUCUACUCAGUUUUAUUUCUCUACAUUUCCAA